CUCCCGGAGGUCCAGGUCCGGGAGAUGACAGUAGCUCCCAGGAAGCCAAGGACUAAGUCGCUGAGGGAGUACCUAGGCCCAAAGGCCUCCCCAGGCGGUUCUACUCACCGUGUCAGAGGCCGAGGCCGAGAGAGAUGAGAGUGCAGGGAAGUGGGGAAGAGGGGGCGGCCGCCACCAGGCUCCUCCGCUUCCCUUGGUCCACAGCGGAUCCCUCCCGCUUGUCAGGAGGCGGCCAGCGGUGCAGGGAUAAUGCUGAAAGGAAUGACAAGGCUUAUCUCCAGCGUCCAUAAGUUGGACCCUGGACGUUUUUUGCACAUAGGGACCCAGGCACCCCAAUGCCUUGCUGCUCACCUGGAUAACCAGGUUGCAAUUGAGAGUCCCAGAGCUAUUUCCCGCACCAGUGAGAAUGAUCCGGCCAAGCAUGGGGAGCAGCAUGAGGGUCAGCACUACAACAUAUCCUUCCAAGAUCUGAAGACUGUAUUCUCCCAUGGCCUGCCUCCUCGCUUUGUAAUGCAGGUGAAGACAUUCAAUGAAGCUUGCCUGAUGGUAAGGAGACCAGCCCUAGAGCUUCUGCAUUACCUGAAAAACACCAAUUUUGCUCAUCCAGCUGUACGAUACGUUUUCUAUGGCGAGAAGGGAACAGGAAAAACCCUCAGUCUUUGCCAUAGUAUUCAUUUCUGUGCAAAACAGGAUUGGCUGAUACUGCAUAUUCCAGAUGCUCAUCUUUGGGUGAAAAACUGCCGGGAUCUUCUGCAGUCCACCUACAACAAACAGCGCUUUGAUCAACCUUUAGAGGCUUCAACCUGGCUGAAGAAUUUCAAAACUGCAAAUGAGCAUUUCUUGAGUCAGAUAAAAGUUCAAGAGAAGUAUGUCUGGAAUAAGCGAGAAAGCACUGAGAAAGGCAGUCCCCUGGGAGAAGUAGUUGAACAGGGCAUAACGCGGGUGAGGAAUGCCACAGAUGCAGUUGGGAUUGUGCUCAAAGAGCUAAAGAGGCAAAGUUCUUUGGGUAUUUUUCGCCUCCUGGUGGCAGUGGAUGGAGUCAAUGCUCUCUGGGGAAGGACCACACUGAAAAGAGAAGAUAAAAGCCCGAUUGCCCCAGAAGAACUAGCAUUUAUUUACAACCUGAGGAAAAUGGUGAAAAAUGAUUGGCAAGGAGGCGCCAUUGUGUUGACUGUGAGCCAGACUGGGUCUCUCUUUAAGCCCCGGAAAGCCUAUCUGCCCCAGGAGUUGCUGGGAAAGGAAGGAUUUGACGCCCUGGAUCCCUUUAUUCCCAUCCUGGUUUCCAACUAUAACCCAAAGGAAUUUGAAAGUUGUAUUCACUAUUAUUUGGAGAACAAUUGGCUUCAGCAUGAGAAAGCUCAUACAGAAGAAGGGAAAAAGGAGUUGCUGUUCCUAAGUAAUAGGAAUCCUGGGCAGCUGGAGCGGCUCUGUGCCUACCUCUAAGCCAUGGUCACAAGGUACGUGGAAGACAAUGGACCUUUCUUCUAAUGGACCCAAUCAGAUGGGGGAGUCCUGCAGUACACAAGAAGAGCAGCCAGGCACGUGCACUUAUGGGAUUGGACAGGACUGCAGUCAGCUCCCAGCCUUCGUUGCAGUGGGUUCCUUGUGAUGUGACUGUGGUGGCAAUAAGAUGUCCUGAAACUAACAUCAGUUUAUUAGUUGUGGUUUUCACAUUUUAAAUAAUCAUGUAGCUUUUCCUAAAAAAUUAAAUUAUCUUUCUUAAA